UAUGUAAUAAUAUUAUGAUGUAUGUUUUUAAAUUUGAAACUUCAUAAUUGAAAAAGUGGGUGAUUUGUGCAAUUGAAAUAUGUAUUACGACGAAAUUUCUUCGAAUUCAACUGCCUGUUAUGGAGAGGUAACAGUCGUUGAUUUACGGAGCGACACUAUAACAAAACCAACUAAAAGGAUGAGGGAAGCAAUGUGUAAUGCUGAAGUUGGUGAUGACGUUUUUGGAGAAGAUCCAACAGUAAAAAAAUUAGAAGAAGCAGCUGCCAAAAUGGUUGGAAUGGAAGCUGCAAUAUUUGUUUGUUCUGGAACUAUGGGAAAUUUAAUUGCAAUAAUGAUUCAUUGCAAUGUUCGUGGAAAUGAGGCAUACUGUGGCGAGGAUGCUCAUUGUUUGUUAUACGAACAGUGUGGUGCUUCACAAAUUGGAGGAGUAAAUCUUAGACCGAUACGAAACAAUAUUGAUGGCACUUUUGAUCUCUCCGAACUUCAAGCUAAACUUCGGAAAGAUAGAGAUCAUGAGCCUAUCUCUAAACUGGUACUUGUUGAGAACACAAUACAUGGAAAAAUCGUUCCACAAAGCUGGCUUAAGGAAUUAGUAUCAUUUUGUAAGGAACGUGAUUUGAAGUUACAUAUGGAUGGAGCUAGGCUGUGGAACGCAAGUGUAGGAUCCAAGCAGUCGGCAGAAGAAAUUGUUUCUGGCUUUGAUUCUGUGACUUUUUGUCUGAGCAAAGGUCUAGGUGCUCCCGUGGGUUCGCUUCUUUGCGGAAGUAAAAGCUUUAUCACUGAAGCUAGAAGAAUAAGAAAAGUCCUUGGUGGUGGUAUGAGACAAGUUGGUGUUCUUGCUGCAGCUGGACUGGUAGCUCUUGAACACAUUCCAAAUUUGAUAAACGAUCAUAAAAGAGCUUUUGUCCUUGCGUCUAUGAUAAAUGAUAUGCAAUCAACAGUGUUUACCGUUGAUUUAAGUACAGUACAAACAAAUAUGUUUUCCAUGCAAGUUAAUUCUAAUGUUGUUUCUGCAACAAAGUUUGCUCAGUGCUUGCAACAGCUUGAUAAUGAUAAUGAAGAUAAAAUUAUCGUGAAAAGUUUAGCAUUAAAUGAUUCAUCAGUUAGAUUUGUAUUUUCCUUGGAAAUUACAGAUAAUGACUUGAAGUUAGCUAUUCAAAGAAUUAGACAAGUUAUCAAAAAAUUCGACCCUAAACUUUAAUUGUUAUUUUUGUUGAUAUCUCUUAGCUAAUAACAUAUUUCGUGCGGUGGGAGAAUUACAAGCUUUACCAGACAUUGAAACGAAGUUAAAAAGUCAGGAUAUUUUUGUAUCAAUGAAAUAUCGUUAGUUGUAGGAACAAAAAAUUUCGUGCAAAUGUUUAUAGCGAGUAGUGUCAGA